CCGAGACCCGACCCCCAGCCCCUGUCCGGUCCAUUCUCAGCCCCGGCCCCGGGCUUCGCUACACCUCGCAGGGCAGAGCUGAGCACGGGGGUGAGUCGUUCAGGUCCCCUGAGAACGUCCCUAAAUCACCCCCAAGUGACUCAGAGCCUCCAGUCAGGCCAGCGCAUGAGCACGUCCGAAUCCGCAGUCAGGGCCACCGGGAUGGGCCCCAAAGUUUCCUAAAAUCGGUUCUUCCCCGUGGGACCGUAAGACCAUGAGAAUCUGUCUGGAAAGCAGAGGGGGGCUGUGGGGGCACACUGGGUCCAGUCCUGGGGGGAGAGGAAUGUAUGUGCGCUCAGGGGGAAGAGGCCCCAAGAAGGGGACCAAUGUCUGCGCACUUGUGGGGGUCCUCCCCAGAUCACAAAGGCAUGUGGGGAUUGGACCCGAGAAUGGGGGGUUCUGGCCCAACACCUGGGAGGGAACCUUGGGUCCACAGAGGAUUCAAGUCCAAAUGGCGAGGGGGUGCCCAGGGCGGGGGGCGCCGGCAGUAGGGGCUCGUGGACACAGCAGCCAAAGCUGUGUGUUUGUCUGUCAGUGGGCGGGGAGGGGGGAGGUCCACCCAGAGCAAAUGGGGUGGGGUCCCAGCUGUAGAGCUGAGAGGUGGCUUGUGUCCUUGGUAGGAUGCCAGAGCAGUUAGGACCAUGGGGAAUGCCAACGGUAAAGUGUCCCCCACAAGACUCCUUGAGAACCCCCACCCAGUGUCUUAGGCAGCCUUCAGCACUCCCUCCGCCCCCUCCCACCCCCUUCCUCCGGAGGUCUCUCAGCCUGUUUCAGCCGUGGCUUGUACACAUUUUCCUAUUUCCUGUGAACCUCCGCCCAACAGCGGCAGCUGGGUGACUCAGGACCCCGGUGGCCGGGCCCCCCGCUCCAUGGGAUCUUUGUUUGCUCAAGCCUUUGGCUCUGGCCCUCUGGCCUAGGGCCCUCAAAGGAUUUCCUGAGUCCCGCCCCUGCCCUCUGACAGCCAGGCCAGCAGGCCAGCGGAGGCCGGGGUCCGGUGGAGGGUGUCCCUGAGGCUGGGUGGCACCCCUAGCUCUGGGCGCACGAGAUGGAGACCCAAGAGCCUGGAGCCGACCGGCGGCCCCCUGAGGAUGAGAAAGAGGCGAUCCGCCGGGCCAUCCAGAAGGAGCUGAAGAUCAAGGAGGGUGUGGAGAACCUGCGGAGGGUAGCCACGGACCGCCGCCACCUGGGCCACGUGCAGCAGCUCCUGCGUGCCUCCAACCGCCGCCUGGAGCAGCUGCACGGAGAGCUGAGGGCGCUGCACGCGCGCAUCGUGCUGCCGGAUGCCGGGCCGGGCCUGGCCGAGCCUGUGGCCCCGGGCCCGCCGCCCCCCGUGGAGCAGCCCAGGGCUCGGCACCUAGAGGCUCUCCAGAGGCAGCUGCAGGUGGAGCUGAAGGUGAAGCAGGGGGCGGAGAACAUGACCCGCACGUGUGCCACCGGCACACCCAAGGAGAGGAAGCUGCUGGCAGCGGCCCAGCAGAUGCUGCGGGACAGCCAGCUGAAGGUGGCCCUGCUAAGGAUGAAGAUCAGCAGCCUGGAGGCCAGUGGGGCCCCGGAACCAGGUGAGGCUUGGAAAGGCGGGGCUGGGCGGGGCGGGGCGGGGCUGGGCGGGGCCGAGCGGGGCGUGGGCCUGAGGGCUGACCCCCUCCUCCCAGGUCCCGAGCUGCUGGCGGAGGAGCUACGACACCGGCUACGCGUUGAGGCCGCUGUGGCUGAGGGUGCCAAGAAUGUGGUGAAGCUGCUGGGUGGCCGGCGAACGCACGACCGGAAGGCGCUGGCCGAGGCUCAGGCCCAGCUCCGGGAGUCCUCCCAGAAGCUGGACCUCCUGCGGCUGGCCUUGGAACAGCUGCUCGAGGGACUUCCUCCCGCUCAUCCUCUGCGUGGCCGAGUGGCGCGGGAGCUACGGACCGCUGUGUCUGGGAAGCCCCAGUCCUCGGGGGUGCUUGUGAAGCCCACCGCUGUGACAGGGACGCUGGAGGUCCGCCUCCUGGGCUGUGAGCAGCUGCUGACAGCUGUCCCUGGACGGUCCCCAGCGGCUGCGCUGGCCGGGAGUCCCUCCCAGGGCUGGCUCCGGGGCAGGGCCAAGCCGCAGCGUGGUGGAGGAGACCUGGCCAGUGAGGUGUUGGCCGUGCUGAAGGUGGACAAUCGUGUCGUGGGCCAGACUGGCUGGGGGCCGGUGGCCAAGCAGUCCUGGGACCAGACCUUUAUUGUCCCCCUGGAGCGGGCCCGGGAGCUGGAGAUCGGGGUGCGCUGGCGGGACUGGCGGCAGCUGUGUGGCGUGGCCUUCCUGCGGCUGGAGGACUUCCUGGACAAUGCCUGUCACGAGCUCUCCCUCAGUCUGGUGCCCCAGGGCCUGCUCUUUGCCCAGGUGACUUUCUGUGACCCUGUCAUUGAGAGGAGGCCCCGGCUGCAGAGGCAGAAACGCAUUUUCUCCAAACGCCGAGGUCAGGACUUCCUGAGGGCUUCGCAGAUGAACCUCAGCAUGGCCGCCUGGGGACGCUUGGUCAUGAGCCUGCUGCCUCCCUGCAGCUCCCCAAGCACGAUCAGCCCCCCCAAAGUGUGCCCGGAGACCCCGUCCACACCCCGGGCUGACCCUGCCUCGCCCAGUCAUUUCCCACCCAAGAAGAGCCCCUUGGGAGAAGAGACAAGGCCCCCGCCCAAGCCCCCACGCCUCUACCUGCCCCGGGAGCCGACCCCCAAGGAGAUCCCGCGCACCAAACGUCCCCACAUGGAGCCUAGGACACGUCUCGGGCCGCCUCCUCCUGCCUCAGCCACCAGGAGAGCCCCCCGGCUUCAGGACUUCCGCUGCUUGGCCGUGCUGGGCCGGGGACACUUUGGGAAGGUCCUCCUGGUCCAGUUCAAGGGCACGGGGAAAUAUUACGCCAUCAAAGCGCUCAAGAAGCAGGAGGUGCUGAGCCGGGAUGAGAUGGAGAGCCUGUAUUGCGAGAAACGCAUCCUGGAGGCCGUGGGCCGCACGGGGCACCCCUUCCUGCUCUCCCUCCUUGCCUGCUUCCAGACCUCCAGCCAUGCCUGCUUCGUGACCGAGUUUGCAGCUGGUGGCGACCUCAUGAUGCAGAUCCACGAGGAUGUCUUCCCUGAGCCCCAGGCCCGGUUCUACCUGGCCUGUGUGGUCCUCGGGCUGCAGUUCUUACAUGAGAAGAAGAUCAUUUACAGGGACCUGAAGUUGGAUAACCUUCUGCUGGAUGCCCAGGGUUUCCUGAAGAUCGCAGACUUUGGGCUGUGUAAGGAAGGGAUCGGCUUUGGGGACCGGACAAGCACGUUCUGUGGCACCCCAGAGUUCCUGGCCCCGGAGGUGCUGACCCAGGAGGCCUACACACGGGCUGUGGACUGGUGGGGGUUGGGUGUGCUGCUCUAUGAGAUGCUGGUGGGUGAGUGCCCAUUCCCCGGAGACACAGAAGAGGAGGUGUUUGACUGCAUCGUCAACGCGGAUGCCCCAUAUCCCCACUUUCUGUCGGUGCAAGGUCUCGAGCUCAUUCAGAAGCUCCUGCAGAAGUGCCCAGAGCAGCGCCUGGGGGCAGGUGAGCAGGACGCAGAGGAGAUCAAAACCCAGCCCUUCUUCAGCACCACUGACUGGCAGGCCCUGCUCGCCCGCACCGUCCAGCCCCCGUUCCUGCCCACACUCUGUGGCCCUACAGACCUGCGCUACUUCGAGGGCGAGUUCACGGGGCUGCCGCCAGCCCUGACCCCACCUGACCCUCGCUGUCCCCUGACCGCCCGCCAGCAGGCCGCCUUCCGAGACUUCGACUUUGUGUCCGAGAGAUUCCUGGGGCCCUGAGGGCCUCUCGGGUGUGUCCGCCCUGUCUCCCCAGCUGCAUGCCCUGCCCUGGAGGCCUGGGCCUCCCUGGGUUAUUUGUGGGUCUUGGGCCUUGAAGUGGCAGUUGUGGGGGGCUCUCCACUCCCUGCCACCACCACCCCCACCCCACCCAGGAGACCUGGACCAGAAAGGGCAGCACAGCAAAGAGCAGUUGUUUUUUUUAAUACUUGACUUGCUUUAUAGAUUAUUAAACUUAUAUAACUGU